CAGCAGCAGCGGGAGAUGCGCGGAUCCGCGUCCUGGUUUCCUCCGAGCCGCUCCGCUCUCCUCCCGAUCCCCGUCUUCUCAACAAGUUCCCCUUUUUCCUAUUAGUUUUGAUUCUAUUUAAUUGUAUUUAUUUAUUUCUCGUGCCGGGUCUGAUGUUUCUCCUCCGAGCGUCAUUUGGGAGAGGAUGCGUCUGCUCGUCUUUGCGACUUUAUUGGGAGUGUUUCUGGACGCAGGAAACGCCCUUCAGAUCCAGUGCUACCAGUGUGAGGAGAUGAAGCACAAUGACUGCUCGACGCCGGAGUUCAUCGUCAACUGCACGGUCAACGUGCAGGACAUGUGCCAGAAGGAGGUGCUGGUCAAACCUGACGGGAUCCAUUAUCGGAAGUCCUGCGCGUCCUCCGGGGCGUGCCUCAUCGCCUCCUCCGGCUACCAGCAGUUCUGCACCGGCAGGCUGAACUCGGUGUGCAUCACCUGCUGCAACACGCCGCUCUGCAACGGCCCCAAGAGGAAGCGGCCCUUCCCGUCGGCGGCAGCGCCGAGCCGGCCUCGGCUCCUCCUCCCGCUGGCCCUGCUGCUCCUCCCGCUGGCGUAGACGCUCCCGCCACUUCACAGCUGUACAGUUAUGCUCACAUUCUCAGUUAGUCUCCUGUAUUUGAUGGGACUGUCCUCUAAUCUACUCCAACAGGCAAACUAGUAUGUUAUUCACAAGCUUUUGAUCCGAGAGAAAUCAUACAUCUCAAUGAAACCUUAGAUUUUAAGCUUUAUAGCAUUUUAACACCCAUUCAACAUGAUUUAGGACCUGUGCAAAACAAAUAUGUGCAAAUGAGUAAAUCUGAUUGGAGUGUACUGAUUUCAGGCCUCAGGCAAGGCAGCCAUAUAACGAAUGGCGCCGUGGCUGAAUAUGGUGAAAACCUGAAGAGAUGGGGGAAGUAUAUUAUUUAGAAAAACAAAGUUGAUGGACUUCAGAUGUGUAAAGCAGCACCACGGAGGAGCGUUGCUGUUUUGUUUUGUUUUGUUUUGUUCCUUUUUUUGCUCUGGGGGCCCCCUACAGUUCAGAUUUUGGUCCAGCAUCGUUAAAAAUACCCGUUACCAAAGCCCCGCCCAAAGAUACUGCUGCAUGUGGAUCUGUUUACCGGUAUAAUCACCCAGUCUACUGAACAAACAAAGACUACAGAUGAAACCCAACAUAGUAACACCUGAAAGCUGUAAUGAGCCCUGAUAUUCUUUUUUCUGCCAUGCUGUGGUCAAAGUGGGCAAAAGCACUGAACACAAACUCGGAAAAGCCGCAAUCAGAAACGACCAGGAAGCUAAAUUAGCUUUACAAAAGCAGCUGACACAAAAUGAAGCGAGCUGGAAACUAGCUUGGCGCACUAAAGCUCACAGAACCUGACAGGAAUUGGCAGAAAACUCUCGUUUCAGUUAAAAACAUUACACCCGCACCGUGUCGUAACCUUUGCAGAAGUGCCUGGGACGACCACCAGGGGGCGGCUCCAACACCGGCUCACUGACCUCCAUGUUAAAAUGUCCAACUUUAGAGCAGAAAUCAAAUAGAUGGAUAAUUAGGGGCGGUAGCUGUUAGCUGUCGUCACUUUAGCUACUUAGCGCUUAGCAUAUCCCGCAAGCUUGACGUGAGACCAAAAAUGUAUCAUCACUUUCAUAUAAAGGCUGUUAUGGCUGGUUGUGUUAAUGCUGCUAACAGGCCCCUGCGACAGGUCUGCGUUGGCAUGGAAGAGUCCGGGCGUGAAGGCUCUCCUGCUCUCCUGCUGUCCGCUAGCCAGAGCUAGCCGGCCCCUGGUGUAGCCGGAACAGGCCAGGAUCUUGUUUCUCUCUACUUCUGGUCCUUGGCUUCUCCGACACCAGUGCCCUGAUCGGACCGAGAGUCGGAGCCCACCAGCUUGUGGCUAACAGAGCUAGCGUAGCUAGAUAAGUGCGCUUGUGAAACGUCGUCCGUCACAGCCGAAGUACCAGUGAAAUCUAAAGUCAAGUGUGGUUGAAAUCCCCAGACGUUUAUGGCCGAUACCUCCAGUUUAGACCCGUGAAGACUUUAAAUGGCAAAAUAUCCCACAAUGCAUUUCACAUCCACUAGAACAAGUAACAGCAGAGGAGAAAAUAUUAAAAGAAAAAGUUAUAACCUAAUUGAUGUGUAAUAGAAUAUAGUGUUAAGAUGUUUUCAUGAGAGAUUAACGUUGUUCUGACUUCAAAUUUGACAUUUUUAGGCCUCUCGUAACAUAUGUCAGCCGUUUGUGGUGAUUAAUAUGCAUGCCAGCUGUUUCUGCGUGCAUAUUUAUCACUAUAAACGUCGGAGGCGCGCUGCCGCUGCUAGCAUUCAUGUGAGUAUUGCGAAUCACAGACACGUUGCAUAUCUUUUGUAGGACUUGCACGACCAACGAUGAAGACAAACAGGUCCGAACCUCACAGUCGUAUCAGGGUGUCGGUCUCAUGUUUGGCUGUAAGAAGCAUUAAUAUCACGUAUCUUUGUAUCAGGAUCCUUGAAGGACGGACGUUCAAGGAAACUACUGAUGUAAGCAAAGCUGAAUCAACAAAUGUUUUUCUCGCAGGAGCAGCUGACUUUUCGCUUAAUAUCCUUUGCUUUUUGUCAAGUGGGGUGUUUGUGAACAUUCUUGACGCUUUCGCUUGUGUUCUUUUAAGUCAUUCAUGACAUGAAAGCGCCGUGGGUUCUUACAGCGCUUCCUGCCGUCGUUGCAUGGAUCACGUUGUAUUUUAAACGUUAAAAGUUUCUGGAUGUUCUAACCCGGGCUAUAAAACUGAAUUUUGAGGUUUUUGAGGCAGCUUGCUGCACAUCAUUCUGUCACUUUUACGCAUAUUAUCCACUGCCACACUGAAUCGAUUGUCAUUUAACUGCAGGGGAUAUGAAGGAUGCUGAAAUGGUUUUGAAAGACCCAAUAGAUUUAUCUUUUUCUUUCACCCUCAUCCAUAAAAUUGAAAUGAUUGUCCCAGAAUAAAAAGCUUAUUAGUGACAUUAAUGAGAGUUCAUAUUACUUUGUGAAAUGAGAUAUUGAACUGUUUUUGGACUAAAGGGCACUAAAUGAUAACGUUUAUGUAACUUGGUGCACUAUGAAGAACGAUCUCAAGAUUAAAAGUCAGUCCAGAUCGCUGCAAGAAGAAAUCUGAGCAGUCUGAUGUGCUUACAAACUUUCAUAUUUAUAUUCCCCCUUUUUCUGCUCGCUUUAGGUUCAUCUCUCAGCUUGUACAGUAUUGUUGGUAAAUAUUAAUAGUGACUGUGCUGUGGACCAAAAAAAACAGUGCUCACAUUCUCACGUUGUAUUUCAAAGCUGCACAUGACUGGUUUUAGGGCAGAAGAAUAAUCCACCGGUGACAUUGUUUCACAGUAUUUUAUUCAUGAGAUCUGAGCAAUGUUCAAGGUGGUUUUUCUCCUUUUUUUUAUUUAUUUCCUCUGAAUGGUCCUCUGUGAAGAGUAACGCUGUAUUCUGCUG